AUGCUUAAACGGAAACAGAGUUCUAGGGUAGAGGCCCAGCCAGUGACAGAUUUUGGUCCUGAUGAAUCUUUAUCAGACAAUGCUGAUAUCCUGUGGAUUAACAAACCAUGGGUGCACUCAUUACUACGCAUCUGUGCCAUCAUCAGCGUCAUUUCUGUUUGCAUGAAUACCCCAAAGACCUUUGAGCAUUAUCCUCCUCUUCAAUAUGUGACCUUUGCUCUCGAUACGCUGCUGAUGUUCCUCUACACAGCUGAGAUGAUAGCAAAAAUGCACAUCCGUGGCAUCGUCAAGGGGGAUAGCUCUUAUGUGAAGGACCGCUGGUGUGUGUUUGAUGGAUUCAUGGUCUUUUGUCUUUGGGUGUCAUUAGUUUUACAGGUGUUUGAAAUUGCUGAGAUAGUUGAUCAAAUGUCACCUUGGGGCAUGUUGAGGAUCCCACGGCCACUUAUCAUGAUUCGAGCAUUCCGGAUCUAUUUCCGCUUUGAGUUGCCAAGAACCAGAAUAACUAACAUUUUAAAGCGUUCUGGUGAACAAAUCUGGAGUGUGUCAAUAUUCCUUUUGUUCUUUCUGCUUCUAUAUGGAAUUUUGGGGGUUCAGAUGUUUGGACCUUUCACAUAUCAUUGUGUAACAAAUGAUACAAAGCCAGGAAACAUAACCUGGAAUAAUUUAGCGAUCCCAGACACGCAUUGCUCCAAAGUCUCAGAAGAAGGCUACCAGUGUCCACCUGGGUUUGAAUGCUUGGACCUUGAAGAACUGGGGCUAAGCAGGCAAGAGCUGGGCUACAGUGGCUUUAACGAGAUAGGUACAAGCAUAUUUACUGUUUAUGAAGCGGCUUCUCAAGAAGGCUGGGUCUUUCUGAUGUACCGUGCAAUUGACAGCUUCCCUCGAUGGCGUUCAUACUUCUAUUUCAUCACUUUAAUUUUCUUUCUUGCUUGGCUUGUUAAGAAUGUAUUUAUUGCUGUCAUCAUUGAGACAUUUGCUGAAAUCCGUGUACAGUUUCAACAGAUGUGGGGGUCCAGAAGCAGUACUACUUCAACAGCUACUACACAGAUGUUUCAUGAAGAUGCUGCAGGAGGGUGGCAGCUAGUGGAUGUUGAUGUGAAUAAGCCUCAGGGCAGAGCUCCAGCAUGUCUGCAGAGAAUGAUGAGGUCGUCAAUUUUCCAUAUGUUUAUCCUGAGCAUGGUGGCAGUGGAUGUAAUUGUUGCCGCUAGCAAUUAUUACAAGGGGGAGACUUUUAAGAGCCAGUACGAUGAAUUCUACCUGGCAGAGGUAGCAUUCACGGUUCUGUUUGAUUUGGAAGCUCUCCUAAAGAUCUGGUGCCUGGGCUUUACUGGAUACAUCAGUUCAUCACUUCACAAGUUUGAGCUGCUGCUGGUUAUUGGGACUACGCUUCAUAUCUAUCCUGACCUCUACCACUCACAAUUUACAUAUUUUCAGGUGCUUCGGGUGGUUCGACUUAUAAAGAUUUCUCCUGCCCUGGAAGACUUUGUAUAUAAAAUUUUUGGACCAGGAAAAAAACUUGGAAGUUUAGUUGUAUUUACGGCCAGCUUAUUAAUUGUGAUGUCAGCAAUCAGUUUGCAGAUGUUCUGUUUUGUGGAAGAACUAGACAGAUUUACAACAUUUCCAAGGGCAUUCAUGUCAAUGUUCCAGAUCCUUACACAGGAAGGAUGGGUGGAUGUCAUGGAUCAAACUCUUAAUGCCGUAGGACAUAUGUGGGCACCUGUUGUCGCUAUCUACUUCAUCCUUUAUCACCUUUUUGCUACCUUGAUUCUGCUGAGUUUGUUUGUAGCAGUUAUUUUGGACAACUUGGAACUUGAUGAAGAUCUAAAGAAACUUAAGCAACUGAAACAAAGUGAAGCAAAUGCAGAUACCAAAGAAAAGCUUCCAUUACGUCUGCGAAUCUUUGAAAAAUUCCCUAACAGACCUCAAAUGGUAAAAAUCUCCAAACUCCCAUCGGAUUUUACGGUCCCCAAAAUAAGGGAAAGCUUUAUGAAGCAGUUUAUUGAUCGACAGCAACAAGAUACAACUUGUUUACUGAGAAGACUUCCAUCAGCCUCUUCCUCAUGUGACCACUCUAAACGGCUUGCAAUUGAAGACAACAAAUACAUUGAUCAGAAGCUUCGCAAAUCUGUUUUUAGCAUUCGGGCAAGAAAUCUUCUGGAAAAGGAGACUGCAAUCAAUAAAAUUCUUAGGGCAUGCACACGUCAGCGCAUGUUGAGUGGAUCCUUCGAGGGGCAGCCUGCAAAAGAAAGAUCGAUUCUUAGCGUCCAGCAUCACAUUCGCCAAGAACGCCGGUCGCUAAGGCAUGGCUCCAACAGUCAACGAAUCAGCAGAGGAAAGUCUCUUGAAACCUUGACUCAGGAUCACUCUAACACAGUGAGGUACAGAAAUGCACAGAGAGAAGACAGUGAGAUAAAAAUGAUACAGGAGAAGAAGGAACAAGCAGAAAUGAAAAGAAAAGUCCAGGAGGAGGAGUUGCGAGAGAAUCACCCCUAUUUUGACAAGCCUCUUUUCAUAGUUGGUCGUGAACACAGAUUCAGAAAUUUCUGCCGAGUGGUUGUGCGAGCUCGCUUUAAUGCCUCUAAAACAGACCCUGUUACUGGAGCAGUGAAAAAUACCAAAUAUCAUCAACUUUAUGAUUUGUUAGGAUUGGUUACUUAUUUGGACUGGGUGAUGAUUAUUGUUACUAUAUGCUCCUGCAUUUCUAUGAUGUUUGAAUCUCCCUUUCGAAGAGUGAUGCAUGCGCCAACACUUCAGAUUGCUGAAUAUGUCUUUGUAAUAUUCAUGAGCAUUGAACUUAAUUUGAAGAUUAUGGCUGAUGGCUUGUUUUUCACUCCAACUGCAGUAAUAAGAGACUUUGGGGGUGUCAUGGACAUUUUUAUAUACCUUGUAAGCUUGAUAUUUCUCUGCUGGAUGCCACAAAAUGUUCCAGCUAAAUCGGGAGCUCAGCUCUUAAUGGUGCUACGAUGUCUCCGCCCCCUUCGAAUCUUUAAAUUAGUGCCUCAGAUGAGAAAGGUUGUCCGAGAACUGUUCAGUGGCUUCAAGGAAAUCUUUCUAGUUUCCAUUCUUUUACUGACAUUAAUGCUUGUCUUUGCAAGCUUUGGAGUUCAACUAUUUGCUGGGAAACUGGCUAAGUGCAAUGAUCCGCAUAUUAUUGCAAGGGAAGACUGCCAUGGCAUAUUCCGAAUAAAUGUUAGUGUUUCUAAAAAUCUGAAUUUAAAACUAAGACCUGGUGAAAAAAAGCCUGGAUUCUGGGUGCCUCGGGUCUGGGCCAAUCCUCGGAACUUUAAUUUUGACAAUGUGGGGAAUGCAAUGUUGGCGUUGUUUGAAGUUCUUUCCUUGAAAGGAUGGGUUGAAGUCAGGGAUGUCAUCAUUCAUCGUGUGGGACCAAUCCAUGGCAUCUAUAUUCAUGUUUUUGUAUUCCUGGGCUGUAUGAUUGGGCUGACCCUUUUUGUUGGAGUUGUCAUUGCUAAUUUCAAUGAAAACAAGGGAACUGCUUUGCUGACCGUUGAUCAAAGACGAUGGGAAGAUCUGAAAAGCAGACUGAAGAUAGCACAACCGCUUCACCUUCCACCUCGCCCAGAUAAUGAUGGAUUUCGAGCUAAGAUGUAUGACAUCACUCAACACCCAUUUUUUAAGAGAACCAUCGCUGUGCUCGUUUUGGCUCAAUCUGUAUUGUUAUCUGUUAAGUGGGAUGAUCAGGAUCCAGUGACUGGUCCUUUGGCUGCAAUGUCUGUUGUCUUCACCUUCAUUUUUGUUCUUGAGGUAACCAUGAAAAUUAUUGCUAUGUCACCUGCUGGAUUUUGGCAGAGCAGAAGAAAUCGCUAUGAUCUUUUGGUGACAUCCUUAGGUGUCAUAUGGGUGAUACUUCACUUUGCCAUAACUAAUGCCUACACCUAUAUGAUGGGAGCAUGUGUAAUUGUUUUCAGAUUUUUCUCUAUCUGUGGGAAGCAUGUAACCCUGAAGAUGCUAUUGCUGACAGUGGUUGUAAGCAUGUACAAGAGCUUUUUCAUCAUAGUAGGGAUGUUCUUACUGUUGCUUUGCUAUGCUUUUGCUGGAGUGGUUUUAUUUGGCACCGUGAAAUAUGGAGAGAACAUCAACAGGCAUGCCAACUUUUCAUCAGCUGGUAAGGCCAUUACUGUGCUCUUCAGAAUAGUCACUGGGGAAGACUGGAACAAGAUAAUGCAUGACUGCAUGGUUCAGCCUCCUUUUUGUACUCCGGAUAACAGCACAUACUGGAAGACAGAUUGUGGGAAUUAUGCUGGUGCUCUCAUGUAUUUCUGCUCCUUUUAUGUCAUCAUUGCAUACAUAAUGCUAAAUUUGCUUGUGGCCAUAAUUGUGGAAAAUUUCUCACUGUUUUAUUCCACGGAAGAAGAUCAGCUCCUAAGCUAUAAUGAUCUUAGACAUUUUCAAAUUAUAUGGAACAUGGUUGAUGACAAAAGGGAGGGUGUGAUUCCUACUUUCCGAGUCAAGUUUUUGCUGAGGUUGCUGCGUGGGAGAUUGGAAGUGGACCUGGAUAAGGACAAACUUUUGUUCAAACAUAUGUGCUAUGAAAUGGAAAGACUGCAUAAUGGUGGAGAUGUAACCUUCCACGACGUUCUGAGCAUGCUCUCCUAUAGAUCCGUUGACAUCAGAAAAAGCCUUCAGCUGGAAGAACUGCUCGCUAGGGAACAACUGGAGUACACCAUAGAAGAAGAAGUCGCCAAACAGACCAUACGCAUGUGGUUGAAAAAGUGUUUGAAACGCAUUAGAGCAAAACAGCAGCAGUCUUGCAGCAUUAUCCAUAGCCUGCGAGAGAGUCAACAGCAAGAGCUGAGCCGCUUCCUAAAUCCACCAAGCAUUGAGACCACACAACCAAGUGAAGAUAUGAAUGCUAAUAACCAGGAUAACAGCACACAGCCUGAGACAAGUAGUCAACAGCAGCUCCUUAGUCCAACACUUUCUGAUAGAGGUGGAUAUCGACAAGAUUCUACUGAAGCUGGCAAACCCCAGCGAAAGUUUGGACAGUGGCGUUUGCCCUCAGCCCCAAAGCCAAUAAGCCAUUCAGUGUCUUCAGUCAAUUUACGGUUGGGUGGCCGUGCAACUAUGAAAUCUGUUGUGUGCAAGAUGAAUCCCAUGUCCGAUGUGACUUCUUGUGGAUCAGAAGUCAAGAAAUGGUGGACACGGCAACUCACUGUGGAGAGUGACGAGAGUGGAGAGGACCUGCUUGAUAUCUGA